AUGCGUACUCGCUCGCAGAUGAUGUCGCCUGGUGGCUUCGUCUCCCUAGAUGACCACAAUGUUGCUCGCCCCACUAGGUCGACUAGAAGCAACUCGCAGCAGUCCGCCGCCGCUGAAGAACAGCCCGCUCCUCGCCCCAAGGCAACGCGCGCCAAGAAAGCGUCUUCCACAACGACAAAAAAGGCUCCUAGCAAGAAGAAGGCCUCUACAAAGAAGCGCACAACGCGCCGAACUACUCGCAAAAUUGGCCAAUCAGAUUCCGAGGAGACCGAACAGCACCAGACCGAAGAGAACGAGAACGCUGAACCCACCGCAUCCCAAGCGGAACCAUCUUCACAGGAGAACGGCAGCACCGAAGUGGGCCAGAACUCUAACCCUAUAGAGAGUGAGUCCCUUCCCAACAACACACAAAGCGCCCCGGCCAGAGAACCACCACAGACCUCCCAGGGACCAAGUGCUGCCUCGGAGGUUUCAAGUAGCCCGGAGCCGCCUCUCUUUGAGAGGUCGCGGACCAUGUCUGCCGGCUUCGGGUCUUCUGAGGCAGUCACAGUCCCUAGUGAGCUGCUGGAGGAACCAGCCACGACGGCGCCAAUGGACCUCCAAUCAGACGAGGUACCAGCGGUGCCGUUUGUGGGCUCCCCGGGGGGAGCGGAGGGAGAUAUCAAGAUGUGUGAUACAGGUUCUAUAUUAUUCGCAGGACUCGAAAUCGAACCUCUUCCCCCCGCGGGUAGUACAUUUCCUCCGUUCGGGACCGGUCCACGUCCUACGAAUCAGCGUCGGGCUGUGGACGUGCUUUCACCCGUGCCCGAGCACCUCGGGUCGGGUGAGAGCAACGGUCUCGCCACAGAUUCCCUUCAACAGGGGUCUGUUAGUGCUCCGGGGGGUCUGGGGCAUGGCACAUCCUCUUCCAAGAGAGCGGGGCUAAUGUACAGCACAGACAAGAAGCGUCGUCGCCCAACCAAUGAAGACGACAAUGACAAAAACGACGGGGAGCCAGUCACCCCCGCUGCGAAUAAGCGGCGCAACCUUGGUUUUCCCGGAAGUACUCCCUUCUCUCAUGCCAGUCCCUUGCCUCGCCGUGUCACCGCCAAUAUUACCCCAUUUUCGGAGAGACUUCGCCGCCGCAACGCCGAGUCGCAAGGCCGCAUUUACAGGACCAGUCUUCGCAUCUCGCAGUACCUCGCCCAGGAGGACGCUGAUCGUCUCGCUUCUGAGAAGACCCCAGUUCCAGGAGAAGAUAUCUCGAUGACUGAACCUUUCCCAAGCUUUGAGGAUAACGAACUACUUCAUGAACAAGAUGCACAGGAACCGAAAUCGGAACCGGAACCGACACAGCAACCUACCACUCCGGACCGGCCUGCGAGUAGCUGGAGAAUCCGCGGGCUACUGAAUUCUGUCCCUCGCAGACUUUCUCGUCUCAUUCCCACUUUUGGACGAACCCCCGAAAGAAAUGAGAAUCAAGUGCCAGCAGAACCAUCAACCGAGCCGCUCAACCGUACACAGCCUAGAGCGUUCGUUCCUUCGAACAGAACAGUGUCUCCCACUCCCAAGACCAAGGGAUCGACCCAACAGCCGCAGCGUGAUCUCUCCUUCUCCCUGUUCCCUGCUACUAUUGACAGGUCUCGCUACCUUGAUGAUAAACCUAAAGCCACCCCCAAGUCUGUCCAACAGACCCCUGCCGAGGCUCCAUCCAAAGUACCUGAGCCUCCGGCCGAUACAUCGAACCCCAAAGAUUCUGGUGAAUCCAUUGCCGAAGCAAGCAAAACUCGAGGCCGUAACCCUGUCUCAGGGGAGCCUAGCACCUCCACUCCAAGCCAUAAGAAGCGCAAGCGGGCCCCUUCCCCUGAUGUGAUCCCUAACCCGCCUGGAUGCAGCUAUGGAAUGUACGAGGACUACUUCGUGAUCUCUGACGAUGACGAAGAUGAAGACGAGGAGCCUGCACUCCCACAAACCGAACCCAAGAAACAAGACGUGAAAGGAAAGUCCGCCAUUCGCAAUGUUCUCCGGUCCGAGCGUCCAGCUUCGAAGAAAGUUCGAUUCGAUGCGAGUCCCCAGGAUACCCCAUCCAAGCUUAGAAUGAAGCCCCGCGCCACCGAUCCGUAUACUGGACAGCAUUUCGUCGGCAUGGAUCUGUCUGGCGAAUCGAGUAACUCAUCUUCGUCUCUGCCUCCUACCCACGUUUCACAGGCCGAACAGUCCACUGUUUACCCGGAUCUGCGCAGUCGCCCAGGCUUCGUUCCCAAUCGUGAUGGUACUUUUGAAACCCCCUAUUCUGAUACUUCUUCUGAUGUCUCAGAAGAAGAUACCCCAGCUCCUGGCUUUGUUCCCAAUCGGGAUGGUACUUUCGAGACUCCUUAUUCUGACACCUCCUCGGAAGCUUCGGAAGACGAGGCUACACCAGAUUUCGUUCCCAACCGCGCCGGUACAUUCGAGACUCCCUAUUCGGACUCCCCAUCGGAACCCAGUACUUCUGCCCCUGAAUCUGUGCCCGAUACACAGACCACUUCGCCCAUUGAAGCUCCUUCGCAGCCUCACAUUACUGAGAGCACAUCAUCUGACGAGACUCGCGCGACUCCGCAGCAGGCGCUUGUCCCUCCUACUACCCCAGCCAAGGUUGAAGAUGAUGCUCUUGCUCGAGUCCGCUCGCAGGCAGAGAAAUACAAACCCAAGACGCCCAGUGGACUCCGCACUGCGAGCCGCUAUUCUAGCCCUUUGACUCUUGCUACUAGUCCUGACCCAGUCUCCGUACCUAUUGCUACCCCCAGCACAGUUCCCGGACCUGUCGCUAGUCCCGAGCGUGCAUCCAGCCCCGAGGACUUCGGUGACGACCAAUUCGCUCGCGAUGCCCAGUGGCUCUAUGAGAAUUGCCCAACUGGAGACCUCUCCGAGCUUGCCUGGCCGGAAGCCGAGAGUUAUGAAGAUAUGGGCUUCAGUGCCGAGGCAGUACGCAUCGCCAACGAAAUGUGGGAUCCUUCAGUGGUCGACCACGCUUACGAUAAUAUUUGGACGCCCGGCCUGGAAGCGUUCAGGCGCGAAAUGGAGACUGGCCUUUCGCACGCCGCACUCGCAUAA